AUGGCUGGUACAUAUUUCCUGACAACUAAUGUUGUGAUGUCAAGCGAUGACAAUAAUACGAGUGGCAGUGAAUUAUCGCAAUCGAUGGCCAGUCUUAGCAUAAGUAGUAACACAACUGAAAUAAGUGAUGGUGGGAGCCAUGAGUCGCAUAAUAACUAUUACACUGUUAAUUUUGAUGUGAUUGGUGACCAGAUUGGUGAGGGCUGGUUCGGCAAAGUGUUUAAAGUGAGGCAUAAGUUAGAGGAAAAGUUAUACGCUAUUAAAAUUGUCACUUAUAAUGAAACUAGUAAUGAGAGUAAACAGCGAACGCUAAAUGAGGUAAAAAGUUUGGCAAACCUGAGCUCACAAUAUGUGGUACAGUAUCACAACUCAUGGCUCAACGAUAACAGCACUCAACUGUACAUUCAGAUGGAGUAUUGCCCGCAAAGUCUAAAGACAGUACUGGAAACUAAAGGGCCGGCAUUUGGCAGACAAUCACCGGCCGAACCCAUGAAUCCGUUCGAGUAUUUCAUUUCGUGUGAAAUAUUCAAAGAACUGUUAGAAUGUGUUGAAUAUCUUCAUGAAUCGGUUCCAACGAUUAUUCAUCGCGAUUUCAAACCGGACAACGUUUUGAUUGCCAGUACAUUAAGCGGUAAUAACAACAAUAGCCGGCGAUUCAUAAAACUGUGUGACUUUGGUUUGGCCACUGUUCACGACCCGCACCAAUACGAGCACUCGGCGGUCGGCACUCGUGGUUAUAUAGCGCAAGAAGUAUACGACGGUAAAUAUAACCAUAAGGUGGACAUUUAUAGUCUUAGUCGAAUUGGUGAAUAUUUGUUUGACAUUUAUCUAGCUGAUUCGCAGCCGUUUAAUGCAAAUGAAUCGGUGUUCAAGACAUGCAUACUAUGUAUGUCUCAAAUAUUAGAGAAAAUGAUGUCAACACCCAAUUGGCGACAAAGACCCGAAUGUCGGGAAGUGUUGGCCAAACAUAACGAGUGGUCUAUCGAUAAGACUGUUGUCACAAAUCAUAAGGAAUUCAAUUCAUUAUAUAAACCUUAUAACAUCACAAAACCAGUCAUUCAUUCAAUCCUUAAAUACAACUCCAGUUUCAGCGCCGAAGACAACACCAGAACUAUCACAACAACUGAUCCGAUGGCCACUCAGUCGUCGACCGCAGCGGUGGUCAACACGAGUCCCGGCGGCGGCACAACCACUACAGUCACUGUCACUACAGGGAGAAGUGGAGGAAUGAUUUGGGACUGCAAUCAAGACAUCAACGCAUUUCUCUCGCCAUUAAAUAUGUCUCGCAAUAGAUAUCAGCCGAAGAAGCAAUGGUUGGCCACGAGUUGUCACUCACAGCCACCGCCGGCGCUGCCGAUACGACACCAGACACUCGCCAAAGAGUUUGUCGACCGCUUCCAAGAGGUUGUGGUGAUUGGCGACGUUCACGGAUGUGAUGACGAGUUGAUACAACUCUUGGAUCUAAUCCACAACAAGAAUAAUAAUAACAGUGCCGUCAAUACGAUUGAGAAGCGGAAGAAUGCGGACAACAAUCGCGUUCUGAAGCUAUUUGUGGGCGAUUUGGUGAAUAAGGGGCCGAAGAGUCGGCAAGUGUUGGACUAUUUGAUGCAAAACAGUGACUCA